GUUGUGCGCAUGCGCCAAACUUCUCCUGGACAGUUUGGGAGUGCUAGCAGUUAGCAGCUAACUAGCCUAGUGUGUAAUGGCCGCCUCGGUUCUACUGGGGUCUGCGGAGUCUACCGUACCCGGAUUUAGCGUCCCAGGGAGUGUUUUGGUCGGGAAUAACGGAGGGUCGGCUCCGGCGUCGUCGUGGAACAGGUCCCUGGACCGGGCGUUGGACGAAGCCUCCGCCACCGGCGCCCUGAACCUGAGCGGCAGGAAGCUGAAGGAGUUCCCCCGGAGCGCCGCCAACCACGACCUCACAGACACCACCAGGGCCGAUCUGUCCCGGAACCGCUUGGCUGAGGUCCCAGCGGAGGUGUGUGUCUACGUAUCGCUGGAGAGUCUGAACCUCUAUCACAACUGCCUGCGCACCCUACCAGACAGCCUGGUGAACCUGCAGGCACUCACCUACCUAAACAUCAGUCGGAACCAGCUGUGUGUCCUGCCCGCGGUGGUGUGCAGUCUGCCUCUCAAGGUUCUGAUCGCCUGCAACAACAAACUGGUUUCCCUCCCGGAAGAGCUGGGUCAGCUCAGACACCUGACGGAACUGGAUGUGAGCUGUAAUGAGAUCCAGGUGCUGCCCUCCCAGGUGGGUCGGCUGGAGACCCUGAGGGACCUGAACAUACGUAGAAACCACCUGCUCCAACUCCCUGCUGAGCUGUCUCUACUGCCCCUGGUGCGUCUGGACUUCUCCUGCAACAAGGUGACCUCCAUCCCCUCCUGCUACCGCCAGCUGGCCCAUCUCCACGUCAUCAUCCUGGACCACAACCCCCUGCAGAGCCCCCCCGCACACGUGUGUAUAAAGGGUAAAAUCCACAUAUUUAAAUACCUAAACCAGGAGGCAGCGAAGACUACAUCGGACCUCCCAGAGUUUGAGCGGAGGACUCAAGUCUUCAACUCGUGUAGUGAGGAUCUCUACCUCGGCCGCCCCUACGGAGCACUGGACUCGGGGUUCAACAGUGUGGACAGUGGAGACAAGAGAUGGUCUGGUAACGAGCCCGUUGAGGAGCAGUCAGAGGAGCAGCGACAUCGUAGACUAGGACCUCCGGGACCCAACGGAUCUGCAGAGUCGGAGCAGAUAGACUUUAUAGACAGCUGUCCAGAUGAGGACGACGAGGGACGCGGAGGAGCCGAUGGCAUCAGCCUCAGCUCUCAGUUCAUGGCCUACAUCGAGAGACGCAUCACCACAGAGGGAUCUCCAGGUAAAGCCACUCCCAACAGGGAGGAGUUGAGGAGACACAACAGGAGUGUGGUGGACGGUGCGUCGUCAGCGCCCCCUAGUGCUGAACAUCAGAGACCACCAGCACCACCAGGGGGAGUGGAGCGUGUGAGGAGGGAGGCCCAGAUCGCUGCUCAGCGCUACGAAGAGGAGAGGAGCCGUAGCCAGGCCAGCCCACGAGACUCCGUCCCCGCCUUUGCAAAGCAUAAAUCAGCCCUGAGUCCGACCAAGCUGGUCCCUGGGGACCGAGAGAGUGUUUGUCCCUCCAGACGUUCCACACAUACAGAUGACUCCGCCCUCUUCAUGCAGGGCGAGGAGAGGGCCGCCUUGUCGUCCACAGCCCACCCAUCCCCGUCCUAUCCUAAUGCUGGAGGAGUGUCACCCAGCCGGUCAGCCAAUCACAGACCAGAGAGCUUUCUAUAUCGUCUGAGUAUGCGAGAGGACAAAAGGAAAGGUGAUGGAGCUCCUGCUGCCCCUCCUCCUGCUCCUCCUGCCCUGGUGGGAGAGGAGGCACAGCUGGUGGAGCAGCUACGCAAGAACAUCGAGGCCCGACUCAAGGUGUCGUUGCCUAGCGACCUGGGUGCGGCCUUGACCGACGGGGUGGUCCUGUGUCAUCUCGCCAAUCACGUACGCCCGCGCUCUGUGUCCAGCAUCCACGUCCCCUCUCCCGCUGUGCCUAAACUGACGAUGGCAAAGUGUCGCCGCAAUGUUGAAAACUUUCUCGAAGCGUGUCGCAGGAUUGGUGUUCCACAGAGCCAGCUGUGUCUGCCCCUCCAUGUCCUGGAGGAGAGAGGGCUCCCCCUGGUGUCCGGGACUGUCAGCGCCCUGCUGGAGCUAGCCCCGCCCAGACACAGCCCCGCCGUCACCACGGCAACCAAUCCCCUCGCCAUGUAGACGCACACACAUGCACACGCACACGCACACACACGCACCGACACAGAGAGAGAUGAGGGUUGUACAAAGCUUUAAAGAUGAAGAUGAUGAUGAUGAUGUAGGGAGGGCAGGAGGCCUCGCAGCGUGUCCAUACCUGACUAGUCCAUACCUGACUAGUCCAUACCUGACUAGUCCAUACCUCACUAGUCCAUACCUGACUAGUCCAUACCUGACAGUCCAUUUCCGCUCGUUUGUUACCGGUGUUAGGUGGUCAUGAUGGUGGUCGUGUUAAAGGGCGACCAACUAGUUGGCAGAGUGCUCUUCAAACGUCCUCACUAUUUCAAUGAGGUAUUUUGUUUUUAAACUAUUUUUAACAUCAAUUAAUUCAAAUAAGAUGGACAUAUUUUAUCAUUAUAAUGUCAGGACCAUUGUCAAGAUAAAACAAACACAUUCAGUCAGGGGUGUAAGUCGGGUGGUUAGUGACGUCUAGCCAGGUGGUCCCGCCUCGUGCCCGCUGCAUCCGUCCGUUGACCGAACCCAAUUGACUUUGAAUGGGGACGGACGUGCAAUGCAUUGUGGAUCCAUGCGCUCCGUUGAAGCCUUCGGCGCCGUCAAAAAGUUGAAAAAUGUUGACGUCUAGUCGGGUGGUUAGUGACGUCUAGUCGGUUGGUUAGUGACGUCUAGUCAGGUGGUUAGUGGCAUCUAGUCGGUUGGUUAGUGACGUCUAGUCAGGUGGUUAGUGGCAUCUAGUCAGGUGGUUAGUGACGUCUCGUCGGGUGGUUAGCGGCGUCUAAUUGUGGUGGUUAUGACGUCGAGUCGGGUUGGUUAGUGACGUCUAAUUGGGGUGGUUAUGACUUCGAGUCGGGUUGGUUAGUGACGUCUAAUUGGGGUGGUUAUGACGUCGAGUCGGGUUGGUUAUGACGUCGGGUUGGUUAGUGACGUCUAAUUGGGGUGGUUAUGACGUUGAGUCGGGUUGGUUAGUGACGUAUAAUUGGGGUGGUUAUGACGUCGAGUCGGGUUGGUUAGUGACGUCUAAUUGGGGUGGUUAUGACGUCGAGUCGGGUUGGUUAGUGACGUCUAAUUGGGGUGGUUAUGACGUCGAGUCGGGUUGGUUAUGACGUCGAGUCGGGUUGGUUAGUGACGUCUAGGGACCAGAUGAGGCUCCUCUGUAGCUGCCUUCCAUGACGAGGUUCAAUAAGUCAGAGAAAUUGGACUUUAGUAAAAUAAGUCAACGUUAUUUAACACUUACAACCAAGUAUCUGCCAAGACAUGAAGGAGCAUGUCUUGGCAGAGCAAGUUGUCGAUACAUAAUUUUUAUUUCAAAGCUAACGAGAGCAUUGUAUGGCCACUAGCUUGAUACCCGUAUGAACACUAUCUUAAAGGUGACAUAGCACUAGCGCUAUCUUAAAGGUAGCUAGUAUGGCUACAAGCUACACCCUCAAAUGGGCACUAGUCAUAUAAUGGUAUGGACACUAGCUAGUGUGCUAGCAAGCACACUCUACAGUGACACUAGCUAGAGCACGAUAUGGACACUAGCUAGUGUGCUAGCUAGAAUGCUGUAUGGUCAUACUCGCUAGAGAAUGUUAUGGGUGCUAGCUUGUGUGGAUUAUUAACACUAGCCACAGUGUGAUGUGUACAUUGGCUAGGGUUUUAGCUAGAUCACAAUGUGGACACUAGCCACAGCAUGGUAUGACCCCAUGGAUAAAACACUAGCUAGACUGCUAGCAUGUUGUAUGGAAAGUAGCUACAGCACGCUUUAGACACUAGCCAGCCUGCUAACUACAGCAUGGUAUGGGCACACGCUAGUAUCAUAUGGACAGUGGCUAGCAUGCUAGCUAGAAUGCUGUACGGACACUAGCUACUGGGUAGGAUGACACUAAGUAGCCAGCUAGCUACAGCGUGCUAUGAGGCUAGCUAGCCAGGGCGUGUAUCUGCUCCGGGUGGAGUGUUCACUGCAGAGAGAAUCAUGAGUGACGAAGAGGUCAAGGUUAUUUUUAUCUUUCUUAAAUAUAUGUACAAAUAUAUGCUGUAAAUAUAUAAAUAUAUAUAUGUAAAGCUGUAAUGGGGGAGUGCUGCCGACAGGGGAACGACGGCAGUGAGGGAUGCUGGGUGAACCAGGCAAGGGGCUGAGGAUACAUUAGUAUUAUUCUAACUUUUGUAACAGGUUGUGAGACGAUGUGCUCUGGAACAUUCUUCUGUUUGUAAAGAAAACCUUUGAUGCCAACAAUGGAUCAUGUGACCAGGCGGAGGGCAGUUGGCCCCGCCCACAGACAUUCCUGUUGUUUACAUGUUUGAGAUCCUACACAAAAACACUUUUUACAUUUUUACUGUCCCUGAAACCCUGUAUAAAUACAUUGAAACUGUCUUCAUUUGAAGAGUUAACUGCAAAGUGAAUUAAAUAAUAAAAAGAAAAAGUCAUUGGAGUCUGAUUGUAUGCUUGUUGGCUUUAGGGUCACCAUUCCUUUCAGUGCCUACAUAUCAUUUGACAAACAUUGAAAUAUCCAGGGAAUGUGAAUACGAUGAGAAUGCCACCCAGGAUUCCAUGACGGCAGGAGACCAGGAUGGGGACAUCUUCUUAGUCUUCCUCUUGCUCCCCAUCGUCCUCCAUCUUUUCGCGGGCCUGCAGUGCACCACGCCUUGAUCAGAGCACACAUGCUCUCACGCUCACUGGCUAACCAGGCUAGCCAGGCUAACAUCCAGCCCCUCCACUAUGCCUGGAUCUGAUCACUACCACACACGCUCACAGGCUAACAGACUAGCCAUGCUAACAUGUUUAGUUACUAUGAUAAAGAGCUGUAUUGGCCCUAUACAACACUAAUAUGCAGA